GACGGUCCCCGUUCCCUCCCGCAGGCCGGGACUGCCUGGGCUGCGCCAAGACGGGCAGCGGGAAGACGGCGGCCUUUGUGCUGCCCGUGCUGCAGGCGCUCUCCGAGGACCCCUACGGCAUCUUCUGCCUCGUGCUGACCCCCACCAGGGAACUCGCGCAGCAGAUCGCGGAGCAGUUCCGAGUGCUGGGGAAGCCCCUGGGCCUCAAGGACUGUGUGGUGGUGGGCGGUCUCGACAUGGUGGCCCAGGCCCUGGAGUUGGCCAGGAAGCCCCACGUGGUGGUGGCCACCCCGGGCCGCUUGGCCGAUCACCUGCGCAGCUCCAGCACCUUCAGCCUCAAAAAGCUCAGAUUCCUGGUGCUGGAUGAGGCCGACAGGCUGCUGGAGCAGGGCUGUGCCGACUUCACCGCCGACCUGGAGCUCAUCCUGGAGCACGUCCCGGCGCGGCGCCAGACCCUGCUGUUCAGUGCCACCCUCACUGCCACC